AUGGCGCCACGGAAGCGAAAAGCCGCGGCGACCGCAGCGGACAACGCAGACUCGCAUGUUGACGACGAGGCGCCUCUAAGGAGGUCCAGUCGUCGGAAGACGGCAGCACGGGCGUCGGACGGGCAGGGGGAAGAGACGACAGCACAGGCAUCCGGCAAGCAAAGAAUAGAAAAGACAUCACACGCAUCCGACAAGCGAGGCAAAAAGUCGACCACACAGGCAUCGGACGAGCGAGGAAAAGAUACGGCAACCGCCGCCAAUAGCCAAGGCGAGAACAAACAGCCGCGUUCUACGGGACCAGCUCAGAAUCAGAAUCAUGAAGCCCAGGAUACGAGCAAAAUUGCCUUGGAUGCCCAGCCCCAUGCUGAGCCUGACAAUGCUACUAUCUCGGAUCACCCCACCCGGCCAUUCACACAGUUCACUAUCGACAUCCCAGCUUCGAAAAAGGGUGGGAAGGCCAUUUCUUGUCUCCGCUCGCCCUCCACCCCACAGCACCCGCGCUGUCUGAUCUUCACGCACGGUGCGGGCGGGGACCUCUCCGCGGCCGCAAUGGUGCAUUUCUCCGCUGGGUUCGCCUCCCGAGGCGAGGACGCAACCGCAGGACUAAUCAUGUUCCCUGGCACUAUGAACGUCAAGGCCCGGGCCGCGAUGUUUGACCUCGUCAAGCAGCACGGGCUUGGGCAAGGGGACCGGGAGGGAGUGAACUUCGCCUACGGCGGGAGGAGCAUGGGUGCGCGGGCAGCCGUGAUGGCGUCGCACGUGGACGAGGACGUGAAGAUGCUGGUCCUGGUGUCGUACCCGCUUGUGAGUCCGGCGGGAGACGUGCGGGACAAGAUCUUGCUGGAGAUCCGUCCCGACGUGGACGUCCUCUUCAUAUCGGGUGACCAGGAUAGUAUGUGCGAUUUGGAUAUGUUGGAUAAGGUGCGGGGGAAGAUGAAGGCAAGAAGCUGGCUCGUGCGAGUUAGAGGGGCUGAUCACGGGAUGAACCUUCGAGGUGGGAAGAAGUUGAAGGAGGGCACCGAGGCGGUGGGUGCCACCACGGGGAAAGUGGCGGCGGUGUGGAUUAAGGAGAGAGACGCUGAGAAGAGGGAGAUGGAAUUGAGCUGGGAUGGAGAGGGAGAGCACGGCGACGUGGUGAGUAGUGGGUGGUUGGCUGGUGGGAGGAAUGGGCAGGGAGAAGAAAAGAGCAAAGACGUCGUCGAGGAGGAAUUGCCCAGAGCUGAAGAAGGGAGCCGAAAUCGAAAUCCUAAGAGAAGAAAGGUAAAGAAGUAG